AUGCGGUAUGUCCCACAAGCCUUUAGGAACCUCUCCAGCCUCACAAAGCUGUCCCUGGAGGGUAACCACAUAGAAGCCAUUGGCAAAGACUCCCUGAAGGACCUGGAAACCCUGUACGAUCUGAAUCUCAGGAAGAAUCGGAUAUGGAUCAUUCAAAAUGGCGCUUUUACAAAGCUUCUCAGAUUGGGCAUGUUAAAUUUAGGACACAACUUCAUCGCUAAUUUGCCUAAUCAGCUUUUCGAUGGGUUGAUCCAGCUCAAGACCAUGCAUCUGGAAGCCAACAGAAUCACUGCUGUCGACUGCGCCUUCAGACACCUGCCGAACUUGAGAAACUUGUACCUGAACAACAACCAAAUCUCCUUGAUCUCAGACUCUGCUUUCUUGCACUUAAACAAGCUGCACUUCCUUCACCUCAGCAAGAACAACCUCAGCUCCCUCCCCAUCCGCUUGUUUGCUGAACUGCCCAAACUGAAGUAUGUGUUUUUAUCUCACAACCCCUGGAAAUGCGACUGCAAGAUGCUUUGGUUCUGGCGGUGGACCACGACGCAGAGGGGAGUGAUGGAAGGGCUGCACUGUGCCUUCCUGGGCCCUAACAACACGACGGCACUCCAUGGCCUUCACCCAGGGGACCUGAUGGACUGCGCCGUGCCACCCGAGCUGGCAAGCGAAGACAAGUGCAGGCUGGCGAGUACGAGCCUGGCUCCCAGGCCCCCUGGUCUCUCUAGCAAGGUCAUCGUGUUGGCACUUGUCUACCACAUGUGGUAUUUUGGGAGGAGAUAG